AUGCGAGCUGCUCGCCAACAGCUCCAGUCCAUCAGUGCAUCUUUGGCGUCUCUGACCCGAGGGACAGAGCCGAAAGUGGUGCGAGGAGAUCCGGCAGGGAAGGUUCAAGCAGUGGCACUCGUGGCGCACCACCACCAUGUGGAGGCACCAACGAUCGGCGUCAGUGACAGUUCCUUGAAAUUCACUCAUGUCCUCUACAAUCUCUCCCCUUCUGAGUUGUAUGAGCAGGCGAUAAAGUAUGAGAAGGGUUUUUUCAUUACAUCAACCGGUGCGCUGGCAACCCUAUCAGGAGCCAAAACCGGGCGGUCCCCAAGAGAGAAGAGGGUUGUUAUCGAUGACACCACCCAAAAGGAGCUUUGGUGGGGAAAGGGAUCACCCAACAUCGAAAUGGACGAGCACACCUUAAAGGUGAACAGAGAGAGCUGUCGAUUACUUGAAUUCCCUGGACAAAGUUACAGGUGUAUCCGACCCAGUCCUGAAGAGCUGGAGAAUUUUGGUACUCCGGACUUCACUAUAUACAAUGCUGGACAGUUCCCGUGUAAUCGUUAUACACACUACAUGACAUCCUCCCCUAGCAUAGACCUUAACCUUGCUAGGAGGGAAAUGGUCAUCCUCGGCACCCAGUACGCCGGGGAAAUGAAGGGUCUUUUCAGUGUCAUGCAUUAUCUCAUGCCCAAGCGUCAAAUCCUCUCCUUACAUUCUGGCUGCAAUAUGGGAAAACAUGGAGACGCUGCCCUCUUCUUUGGACUGUCAGGCACCGGUAAGACCACUCUGUAUACCGAUCACAACAGGUAUCUGAUUGGAGUUGAUGAGCACUGUUGGAGUGAUAAUGGUGUGUCGAACGUUGAAGGUGGUUGUUAUGCUAAGUGCAUUGAUCUUUCAAGGGACAAGGAGCCAGAUAUCUGGAAUGCCUUUAGUUUGGCACUGGCAAAAUUCUAUGGCUCUCUCUGGCCUUUGAUCAAACUACUGCAAAACAGUUUGUUGAAAAAUGUAGUUUUUGAUGAACAUACAAGGGAGGUGAUUACAACGACAAAUCAGUUACAGAGAACACUCGUGCAGCCUACCGAUUGA